GUGAACAAAGACAUGUUUCGUCGAUGCACAACGUGCGCGCAUCUUGUUUGCUCGAAGUGCUUCAACAGAGCCGGGUUCAAGCACAAAUGCACCGAAGGACAAGCAUUAGGUCCUUUUCCGACAUAUAAUCAAGAAUCAAAGAUUAUGCAGCUACUCGACGCCAAGAUCCCACCACGCGAUGCUUCAAAGCCAGAGAAGCCCUACCACAACGAAUCCUGGCAGUGGACGCCACCACCUGCAAUUUUGAGCCAGUAUCCUGGCGUCCAUAUGGUUGGAGAGAACUUAAUUGGCGUUGUGCCAGGUAAAAACACGGCUCUUGGUAUUUCUAUCCCUAUCAUCAACGACUCGGCUAUUGGCCAUUCCGAGUCAAAGAAGCCCACACCGCCUAUACGCGAACACUCGCUGACAAGAGUACCAAACGAACAAAUAACUGGGGGAGCGGAUACUGAGACUGAAAAGUCUCUCCUAUACCAGAUUGAUACACCCGAGUCACCGGCGGUCGCCGCAGAUGGUGGACAGACGCAAACUACGAUUUUCAGCAGUCACGAAAUCACCGACGCCGAGGCUGAGGACGAGGACGAGGAAGAGAGUAACUUUGACAGCCAAGAAUAUCAGCCAAGCUCGCCAAUCCAGAAUGAAAUCGAAGAGGAAGCGUACACACCAUUGAGAAGCAAGUCUUUACAUUCAAGACGUGGGUCUGUUUCUCCUUGCCUUGAAAUAGACGAGGACAGCGAUGUAGAAAUCGCCACGCGAUCGGAUCCUCCACUUUUUUCUAGCUAUUCUCGUCUUACGGCCCCUAGCGAGAGAGAAGUGAACGAGUUCAAAGAAGUCAUCAAGACCAAACGAACAUUCGAUAUAGAUAUGGGGCCUUUAAUUCGCAUAACCAUGUUUCCGGGCUUCUUUCUGAGCGAUCCCAACGGUGAGCCUGGCAACAUUUUGGACAACAAAGGACCUAUUAAACUCCCACUUGCGCUUGGUUAUCAGUUUCGAAAUUCGGCAACCGACACUCUGGAGCGCCGAACGAUUGCAGUUCUCCAAGGCAGAGGAGACAGCGUAGAUGCUCCUGCCAUUAGCAUGGUCGCGUCCAGCCACGACGUAGGUCAACAAGGCAUCUCAAGGGAAUUGCAAACACUGUUCGAAAGGGCGAUCAUGGGUGGCAGCUCAUUCGGGGAUGGCUCUGACAUCAAUUUCCCCUCUAUGGAGCAUUAA